UCUUCCUUGGAUACCCCAGGACCCAAAAAGGGUAUAAGUGUUAUAACCCUAACUCUCAUCGGUCCAUUGUGUGCUCAGAUGUCACUUUCUUUGAGUCGGUUCCUUUUUUCUCGAGUAUUGAGGUUCCUUUUCUUGCUCCUGUGGUUCCACUUCCUAUUCCUGUUGAUGACCCCCUUCCCGUGGUUCCUGUUCCAGCUAUAGAUUCCCUUCCCGUGGCUUCUGUUCCAUCUCUAGCUUCUCCAGUACAGGCUAAUACUGAGAAGCCACCAAUAACACAAGUGUAUACUCACAGAAGGGCACCGGCCCCUCCUCCAAUUCAGACCUCAUUAACAGAUCUUGUGAUUGCACCUCCUCCUUCUAACCUUGAUCUUCCUUUUGCAUUGCGGAAAGGUAUACGUAGUUGCACAUCCCAUCCUAUUUCUCUUAUGUUUCCGUUGCUCACCUUUCUACUUCCCAUCGCCACUUUAUAUCUUUGCUAUCCUCUGUUUCCACUCCUAAGAUUGUACAGGAAGCCCUUACCUCUCCAGGGUGAUGACAAGCAAUGGAAGAGGAAUUGUCUGCUUUACAACACAAUCACACGUGGGAACUUACUACUCUCCCUCCCGGUAAGCAUGUUAUUGGGGGUAAGUGGGUCUACAUAAUGAAGUAUCUUCCACAUGACAAUGUGGAAUGAUUAAAGGCCAGGUUAGUGGCCAAGGGCUAUUCUUAGUUAUAUGGUGUUGACUAUACAGAGACAUUCUUUCCUGUGGCUAAGAUUGGUUCAUUUCGGGUAUUAAUUUCAUUAGCAACAAUGUAUGAUUGGCCUCUCUUGCAACUAGACAUCAAGAAUGCCUUCCUGCAUGGUGAUUUGAUUGAGGAAGUAUAUAUGGUGCAACCACCAGUUUGUUGCUCAGGGGGAGGAUAAAAAGGCAAUCUAUGGGCUAAAACAAUCUCCACGUGUGUGGUUUGGUAGAUUCAGUGAAGUAGUGAAGAACUUUGGCAUGAAACAAUGUCAAGUAGAUCAUUUUGUGUUUGGCCAUGACUUAAAAGAUGGGACAAUCUUGAUAGUGGUGUAUGUGGAUGAUAUUGUCAUAAUUGGUAGUGACAACAAUGGGAUUGACAGAUUAAAAAACUUCCUACAAAAUCACUUUCAUAGGAAGGAUCUUGUUAAGCUGAAAUACUUCCUGGGAAUAGAAGUUGCAAGGUCAAGGCAUGGAAUUAACUUGUGUCAAAGGAAAAAUGUCCUUGACUUACUUGAAGAAACAGGGUUGUUAGGUGCCAAACCAGCCGAAACACCUAUGGAAUCAAAUGCUAAGUUGAGUAUUGAUGCAGGUGAAGAGUUUGAUGAUCCUGGAAGGUACAAGAGGUUGGUGGGAAAAUUGAACUAUCCGACUAUCACACGGCCAGAUAUAUCAUUUGCUGUAAGUAUGGUGAGUCAGUUUAUGCAACAUCCUAGGGUUCCACAUUGGGAAGUCGUUCUAAGAAUAGUUAAGUAUCUAAAGGGUGUUCCAGGCCAUGGUCUGUUACACAAAAGUGAAGGAACUCUUGAGAUAGAAGGGUAUACAAAUGCUGAUUAGGCUGGAUCUGUGUCAAACAAAAGAUCAACUACAGGAUAUUGUACAUUCCUUAGUGGCAAUCUAGUAACUUGGAAAAGCAAGAAACAAAUAGUGGUGGCAAGGAGCAAUGCAGAAGCUGAGUACAGAGCUAUGACUCAUACUACAUGUGAACUAGUAUGGCUGAAGAAUUUGUUGCAAGAAAUGGGGUUCUCAAUUGACUGACCCAUGAUGUUAUACUGUGAUAAUCAAGCUGCUAUACACAUUUCUUCUAAUCCAGUCUUCCAUGAGAGAACAAAGCAUAUUGAAGUCGAUUGCCACUUUGUAAGAGAAAAAGUGAUCGAUGGAGUGAUAACUACAGCUCAUGUAAGUUCAAGAAACCAGUGGGUGGAUUUGUUUACAAAGGGGCUGUCUCGGGGCAGAGUAGAUUAUAUAUGUGACAAGAUGAGACUAUAUAACAUAUAUUCUCUAGCUUGAGGGGGAGUGUUAGAGUCGACAAUACAAGGGUAUUUUGGUCAU